AUGCCGGGCCGGGCGGAGCCGUCGGGGGGACGCGGGGCGGCGGCGGGGCCAGUACCGGUGGCCGUACCGGUGGCACCGGCAGCACGACCGGGCGGCGCGGGGCUUCGGGCCAAGGGCUUCGCGAUCACCGACCUGCUGGGGCUGGAGGCCGAGCUGCAGCCGCCCCCCGGGCCGCUCCCCGCCGCUGCCGCCGGUGGCUACGAGGGCGGCGGGGCGCUGGGGCUGGGGCUGCUGUGCGGGCUGGGGGCGCCCGGAGCCCCGCGCCUGCUGCCCGCCCCGCUGCCGCUGCUGCCCGCCCGCGGCCCCCGCCCGGCCGCGGGGCCGCCGGCCACCGCCCGCCGGCACAAGGAGAACAUCUCCGAUGAGGACAGCCUGUGCGGGGACGGCAGCGAGCUGAAGAUGUCCACCUCCCAGAUCAAGAGGAAGAAACGCCGGCACAGGACGGUGUUCACAGCUCACCAGCUGGAGGAGCUGGAGAAGGCAUUCAAUGAAGCUCACUACCCUGACGUCUAUGCCCGGGAGAUGCUGGCCGUGAAGACAGAGCUGCCAGAGGACAGGAUACAGGUUUGGUUUCAGAACCGAAGAGCCAAGUGGCGGAAGCGGGAGAAGUGCUGGGGACGGAGCAGCGUGAUGGCUGAGUACGGCCUCUACGGGGCCAUGGUGAGGCACUCCAUCCCUCUGCCCGAGUCCAUCAUCAACUCCGCCAAGAGCGGGCUGGUGGGAUCCUGCGCCCCGUGGCUGCUGGGCAUGCACAAGAAGUCCAUGGAGGUGAGCAGGAAGGUGGAGAGCCAGGAGAAGCUGGCAGAUGGCUGGCGAGUGGAGCAGCAGGAGGAGGAGGAACUCAAAGGGAAGCAGGCCAGUUCCCAGAGGGGCUCCGACAAGCUUGGCUCAGCAAAAGAUUCGGAGGACACAGCCAUCGACCUCUCCAGGACAGCCAAGCACGAGAAGAGGGGUGUGCUGAGGCAGUGCAUGAAUGGGGACCCCCCCAUGGAGCUGAGCAACAGGGACCACUGACCAGGCCUCACAGCUCCCUGCCGAGAUAAGAAUAUUUAUUGAUUUAUUGCUAUAUAUAUUUUUCUCCUUAAAUAAUUGAACUUUUCUCUGAAUUCAGGGCAUUUCAGAACUGGGCACACACAUCCUUGUCCCCUCACGUUGUUCCAGAGCCAGGGUGGAGGGUGGGAGAGGUGUCCCAGUGGGACCAGGAGCAGUGUGAAAAUGAGGGCACAUUGUGGUCAGCAUGGACCACUGCCCUUCCCCUCUGGGCUCUGAACACUUCCUGGCUAGCCAGGAGCACAAGGAGCAGCAAUGCAAUAGGAGCGGCUUCCCUGCUCCAACACACGGGUGCAAAGGCGUUGCAGGAGGUGACAGACACCUUUUCCAAGCAUUUCCACCAUGUGGAAGUCCCUCUGCUCCGAACACCAGCUCUUCCCUCUCCAGGAGCAGCAGGUUUUAAACACGGUCAGGUUCAUCCCCAAGCUGGUGUAACCUGACAGGCGCUCUGGUUCCUACCUGCUGAGGAUCUGGCCUGCCAAUGCAGCCUUACCACUGGAUUUACACUGUGUGACCUCCUUAACUCGUAUCUGGGAGAAGGGGGUGAAGACAUUCUUGUUUAUGCAAUGAUUUUGUACACUCUUGAAUGUUACCUGCCACACUAUGCAGAACAGAACAGACCUUUGGAAAACCAAGCCAUAGAACCUGGAGCAAUUAAACAGUUUUGUGAAUCGACAUAAGAAGAUAUUUUGUAAUUGUCUGUACAAAGUGUUAAUGUCAGAGCUGUUUCUCAGUCACCCUAUAUUUAUGUCUAAAAGCACUUUAGUGAUCUGGAUUUUUGAAUGUGGCUCUUCCUGUUUUGUCCACUGUUUAUUUAUUACACAUCCAUGAAUAAAAUUGUGGUGUAUCUUUGGU